AUGAGGCGAAAUGCCAAAGAUGAGCGGGUACUUUUCCAUUAUAAUGGCCAUGGCGUGCCGCGACCCACUCAGAACGGCGAAAUAUGGGUUUUUAAUAAAAAUUUCACGCAGUAUAUUCCUCUAUCAUUGUAUGAUCUACAAUUGUGCAUGGAAUUUCCUUCAAUCUACGUGUGGGACUGCUCAUCAGCAGAGACUAUUGUAAAUUGGUUCAUGAGAUUUGCGAAAGAUCACGAAGACGAUUGGCAUAAGAAGCUGCUUGCCCAUCAGGAAGCAGUGGCGUCGACAUCAAUAUCGGGAGCGCGAAUAAAUUCCCAUAUGACUGCCGACCAGCAGGCUGAAUCUCUUAAGUUUCAGCGACGGCCGAAAUUCCGGGAAUGCAUUCAUCUUGCUGCUUGCCGUGAAGAUGAACGAUUACCUACGAAUGCUGAACUUCCUGCCGAUUUGUUCACGUCAUGCUUGACGACUCCAAUUCAUACAAGCAUUUUGUGGUACUUAAUCAAGAGUGGCAGAAAGAAUCAGUUUCCUCCCAAUUUGCUCGAAGAAAUACCUGGCCAGUUGAAUGAUCGGCGAACGAUACUGGGAGAGUUGAAUUGGAUUUUUACGGCAAUCACGGACACAAUUGCUUGGAACGCUUUACCCAGGGACGAUUUCCAGCGGCUUUUCCGACAGGAUCUUUUGCUCGCUUCUCUGUUUCGUAGUUUUCUCCUUGCUGAGCGUGUCAUGAGCGCAAACGGCUGCAAUGUCGUUUCUUCGCCGUCUCUACCCAGCACGGCUGAUCAUCCUCUGUGGGAUUCGUGGGAUUACACAUUAGAUCUGACUCUCAACCACAUUCAUAAUUUACUUACGCCUAAACUUAACUUUCAAGUAAUUGGAAGAGACUUAUUGGCGAAAAGCUCUGUAUGCUCUUUGAAUACUUUAAUCGACCUCUCAGGCAUAACUGGUGAGCAGGAUGUUCAGCACAACUGGUUUUUCAUCGAGCAGUUGAAAGCAUUUGAGGUGUGGCUUGAAUAUGGCGUCAACAAACAGUCAUCUCCUGAACAGUUACCGAUAGUGUUGCAGGUUUUACUAAGCCAAGCUCAUCGCCAGAGAGCUCUCGAGCUUCUCGCUCGUUUCUUAGAUCUUGGGCAGUGGGCUGUUGGUUAUUCUCUCUCUGUCGGUAUAUUUCCAUACGUACUGAAGCUUUUGCAAAGCACAUCAAGGGAGUUGAGAUCGUGGCUUGCUUUCAUUUGGGCAAAAAUCUUAGCUGUCGAUCCUAGCGUCCAAUCAGAGCUGUUCAAGGAAAAUGGUGAUGAGCCCGCUCGUCUAGAAUCUUCUACUCGUUCGAAGCCCGUUCAGCUUCGAACCCCCAAAAAUGAAUCUGCUCACAAACUAACGCUCAUCAACCUAAAUGUUAUUCAUUCUUUCAGCUAUCACUUCUUUGUCACUAUUUUGAACGACCCUGACACUUCUCCUCGACAAAAAAUUGUUGUUGCCUUCGUGCUAGCUACGUUGUUCCACAACAAUUAUAGGAUAGCACAAGAGAAUUUAACAAAAAAAGGCUACGUUAACCUAUGUACGGAACUGCUUAGCGAGAAUCAAGCGAAGGAUUGUCGUCUUUUAAAGCUUUGGAUACUGAUCGGAUUAGGUCGAUUAUGGGCCGAUUACGACCCUGCUCGAUGGCAAGCAGUACGGCUCGUUGCUUACGCCAAGGUAUUGAAAGAGUUGGACGAUAAUGCACCGGAAGUUCGUGCUGCCGCUGUAUACGCCCUUGGUUGUCUUGUAAAAAAUCGCUCGGAAACCAACGAACACGCCUCAACAGUUCAUUUGCUACAACUAUUGAACUAUCCUGUCACUCACAUUAUAGACUAUGGAUCUGUCCUUGUGCGAGAGGAGCUCUUGAUAGCUUUGCAAUGGUAUAUAAUCGAUUUCGAGCAACGAUUUGCCAAACUUCUUUGGGAUUUGACUGAAACGCUUGGUAUCGAGCUGGUCACUGACGUUCACGAAGACCAAUUUGAACAUAACGUUGUUGAUGUUGCGGCCACCUUAAGUAACAACGACACAAGCGGUCGCUCACCUUUGCAAACAUCUGCCCUCAGAAAGACGUCCAUCUAUAGAGGACGGCAAAAGACAUCAGAUUCCAUCAUGGGCAUUGAGGAGGUUGUAACGAUGACUGAUCCUGCAGAUAGAAAUUCGCUCAGCUCUUCUAUCAGUCAAGUGCUAUCUGUAGUUUCUACGUACUCUGGCCCUUCCGAGAGUGAUCUUUCAUUUAGAGAACGCGCUAACAAACAACUUGCCUAUCUGGAAAGCAAAAACUUCAAAGAACCAUUGGAAAGGACUUGGGUGGCACUAUUAAAAUUGGCCUUAGACCCUGUAGAGAAGGUGGCACGCAUGGCGCAAAAGUUGGUGCGCAGAGUGGAGAUGACGGCUGUAGAUCUACAAAACAGCGCAUCCGCGUUGACUGAGAAGAUUGAAAGCGUGUCUAGUUUUGCCCACGUAAGUUUAUGUGUUUAUCUAGUGGUUUAUUCAUUUGCUUCAACUUGGGUUGCAUAAUA